UUCAACUUAUUGAGUACCCACAGUUAGGGCCGAACCGUCUAUUACCGUACUCAGCAUGGUCCAGGUUGAGCCACAUGAUGAAGAUCUCCUCCGGCCCCUGUUGGCUGACCAGCCAACAAACACCACCAAGGACCAAAACACUACUGUCUACUGGCAUCCCACCGUUAUUUGCAGUCUCUUAUUCCUGGUGAUGGGAAUUGGAUCCUUCAUUAGUGCCGCCCCUCAGUUACGUCUAUUCGAGUCCAUCAUCUGCCAGCAGUAUUACAAAGACAGUGACGCCCUUCCUGACGGAUCUGGGAUUCCCGAGCAUAUGUGCAAGGCAGGCCCCGUGCAAGCGGCACUUGCACAGUUAGUCGGAUGGCAAUCCUUCUUUGAUAACAUCCCUAGUCUUCUCCUGGCACUACCGUAUGGUAUCCUGGCCGACAGGUAUGGACGGCGGUUGAUCAUAACUUUGAGUUUCAUGGGCCAGUUCGCGGGAUUUGCAUGGAUAUUGAUCGUUUGCUGGUUUAGGCUUCCAAUCAAAGUGAUCUGGUUUUCUUCUGCUUUCCUCAUCGUGGGUGGCGGAAGCAGUGUGGCCGCAUCGGUGGUGAUGAUGGUCAUUACUGAUUCAACGCCGCAGAUCAAGAGGUCCCAAAUAUUCAUGUGGUUCGAGGCAGCCGUUCUCCUGGCCGAGAUAGUAUCCCCUCCUGUUGGCUCCCUCUUGAUGAAGCACAGUAUCUGGCUUCCGAUUCUGAUAAACUCCGCAUGUUGUGGAGUAUCAAUUCUUCUAUCCUGGUAUAUGCCAGAGACUCGGCACUAUGCUGUCAAACAAGCAAAUGCUGCAUAUACCGAGACACCUACGACAGCAUAUGCCGAAGACCAUUCAGAGCCACGUGAACCUAGCAGGACCAUUUCCCUGGUUGACAACUUGAAGCAGAGAUUGCGUGUCGUCGUCAGUCAGCGUAAUAUCUUUCUGCUGAUUCUUUCCUUUCUGGUCGCAAACUUUGCUCGUGAUUCGAUGGCUUUCCUGUUACAAUACAUCUCAAAUCGUUAUUCUUGGCCCAUCGCAAAGACAAGCUACAUGCUCUCAUUCCGUGCCCUGGCGCAAUUACUACAAUUCAUAUUGAUCCUACCAUGGAUUGACCGCACCAUGCGCAAACGCUUCGAAACCCGACCUAAAGAAAAGGACCUUUACCUCUCCCGCUUCAGCAUCACCAUCAUGACAAUAGGUUUUGCUGCCCUGGGUCUCGCACCCACCGUUGGCCUAUCCAUGCUUGGCAUUGCUAUUUACACGGUCGGAUCGGGAUUUAGUACAUUCUCCAGAAGUCUCAUUAGCUCUCUCAUGGAUCCUACUAUGAUGGGAGUACUUUAUAGCACUCUCGCGAUUAUGGAAACCAUUGGAUCUCUCUUGGCGGGGCCAUCCAUGGCGUGGGCCUUUAGAUUGGGGAUGAAUCUGGGAGGUGUUUGGUUGGGAAUGCCGUAUUUGAUUUCAGCUGCUUUGUGUGCGUCGAUGACUGCUGUGAUUUUUAUGAUUCGUCUUGAGCGUGGGAUCAAUGGGGUUGUGGGUGAUGUUUAGAGGCAAGGUGGGUUGUCUAGUUAAGCAAGGAUGCCUAUGUUGAG